AUGCCUCAUAUAUUCCUAAUCUUUUGUCUCAUCUGGAUCCAAGCAGCCGCUCAGGUCGGCCAACCCCCCGAACUACACAUCAAGACAUCCAGCGGCAUCAUAAAUGGCAAAUACAACAACACCGCACAAACGGUACGCGGCUUCAUUGGAGUCCCUUACGCUGAACCCCCGGUAGGAAGACUACGCUGGGAACCGCCACGCCCGAAAUCACCCCCUUCACAUCCUAUAGAUGCAUUCUCGUUUAGUAAUCCCUGUGCCCAGGUAUACACGUACUCUAAUGAAUCUAUCUGGAGUAUUCUGCCAUACAAAAUCUGGAAUGCGGCGAACAUGUCCGAAGACUGUCUCUAUAUGAAUAUCUGGGCACCAUCUACCAAGCACCAUAGCAAGAAGCGCAAAGCAGCAGUCAUGAUGUUCAUUCAUGGUGGAAGUUAUGCUUCUGGAUCUGGAUCGGUGAGUUAUUAUGAUGGUACCAAUUUGGUGCAAGAUGAUGAGGAUAUUAUUGCUGUUACCUUCAAUUAUCGACUGAACAUUUUCGGAUUUCCUAAUUCGCCGGGGUUGGAUCCCAAAAAGCAGAAUCUUGGACUACUGGACCAGCGAAUGGCGAUCGAAUGGGUUCAUAUGAAUAUCGGCAACUUUGGCGGUGAUCCAAACAGGAUUCUUCUCUUUGGUCAAUCUGCUGGUGCUUCUUCAGCUGAUCUCUAUUCAUAUGCAGCAAGCACAUCUCUUAAGAAAUUUGAUCCUCUCGUCAGUGCCUUUGCCCUUCACUCAGGAACUGCCCCAUUACUACUUUCGCCCCCCGACCACGAAAAUUGGAACAAUCUAUCCACCGAUCUAGGAUGUGAUAUUGGGAAAAGGUCUCAUUAUUGCAUGAAUCAAAUUCCAGCGAUGAGGAUUGUUGAAACAAGAGCCCAGGGAAAUUAUAACUUCUAUCCCGUUGUUGAUGAGUUGCUUGUGUUUUCCGAUUAUGUUGCCAGGUGUGAUAAGGGUCAACUGGCACGUCUGCCGACAUUAGCGGGGAUGACUGAGCGUGAAUGCUCGGCUCUCGUACCGUUGAACCAGGUAUCGGUCAAUAUGACGGAAAUAUAUGAGGUUGGUCGAUUCAGAUAUAAUUCGCAUAGGAUUCGAGUCCGACACAAUGUAACCACGUGGAGAUAUCUAUACCAUGGCAAUUUCAGUAGUCUUAGUCUAACUACAUGGCUUGGCGCAUACCAUGGGGUAACACCAGCGGAAAUACCUAUGGUCUUCGGAACCUACAAUUUCUCAUCAGCAAGUUCGACAUCGAUAGAAGUCCAAGCGAGCAAAUACAUUCAAGGAGCAUGGACUUCCUUUGCCAAGGAUCCCCUCACAGGGCUGAGAGCCUAUGGCUGGCCACAAUAUAGAUUCAACGGUGUUGAUGACAAGCUCAUCGUCAUAGAACCCACGUUGAUCAACAUUGCUUUCAACAAUACCAUUCCAGCGGUAUUGAGCUCUGCUCCUUGGGAUCAUUCUUGCAAGGAUGUCAUCGUUCAACGGUCUGAACUGUGA